UCAAAUUUCAUUAUAUUAUCUUUCUGUUUAUCAAAAAUUAAUAGUAGUAAUAGUAGUAAUACCUUUUUUUUCCUGGUCGCCCAGAUAAUUCCAGGAGCGCCCCAAAAUAUUGAUCAACAAAUGAUUCAACAAGUGUUCGGGGCUCCCCCUUCUAACAAUAUACCACAAAAUUAUUACAAUGGACCAGUUCAUCCCCAAAAUCAAUGGUAUGGUGGUAUGAUGAACGAUCAACAAGCACCACGACCACAUAAUUUUGUGCAAAACUCGAAUAAUUUGAGAAAUAUGCCCAUGCCGAUGCCAGAUGUACAAAAUGCUACGGGAUGGGAUUUGGGGGAUGAUUUCAUUCCCUUCGAAGGAGCGGUUGAUGAGGAUUUUGAUUGGGCACUUUAUAAGACCUUAUCAACAAAAUCAACAAGUAAUCUUCUAGUUUCCCCAGUAUGCGUAAAAUUACUGCUGAUGAUGCUAUAUGAAGGUGCUUCUGGUGAUACUAAAUUGGAAAUUUUGAGACUACUCUCCCUUCCUGAUAGUUACCAGAGCAACAGGGAACGUGCAGGAAAAAUUAUAGCUUCCCUUAAGGCCAAGAAUCCAGCUUACCAUCUAGAUUUCGACACCAGGAUUUACAUUUCCCACAUGAUACAGCCAAGGCAGCGAUUCAACGCGAUUGCCAAAAUGUUUUACGAUUCGGAUAUCGUGUCUAUAGAUUUCACAAAUGGAAUAAAUAAAAAUAACAGUGAUGGUACUGUCACCAAAUACGAUAGUGCUACCAUUAUGAAUCAGUGGGUCGCCAAUGUUACAAGGGGACACAUUACAGAAUUGGUCAACCACGCGGAUGUUUAUGGUGCUGUUAUGGUGCUGUUGAACGUCAUAUACUUUAAGGGCGAAUGGAGAAAACAGUUUCCUGAGGAGAAUACAACGUUGGGAAAAUUCUACCUGGAUGUCGAUAAGCCAAUCACAGUACCUUUUAUGAGACAGCAAGGUGUCUUUUUCUAUCAUGACUCAAAAGAGUUGGAUGCGAGGAUUUUAAGAAUGCCAUAUAAGGGUGGAAAAUUCAGUGCCAUAUUCAUAUUGCCAAACACAAUGAGAAACGGAUUACAACAUUUACAACAGAAUUUGAAUGCCCAACUUCUGAGGCAGCAAUUGUGGCUAAUGGAUGAAGUCGAACUCAAUGUUACCUUACCAAAGUACAAGUUUGAUUUCAAAGCAAAACUUGUUGAUACUUUGAAAGAGAUGGGCCUGCAGUCUGUGUUCAGUCCAACUACGUCCUCACUGCCUGGUAUUGCAAGAGGGCUUUCGCCACAGGAUACAUUAUCAAUAUCUGGCAUAAUGCAAAAGGCUGGCAUUGAAGUUAACGAGAAAGGAAGCACUGUAUAUGCUGCUACAGAAAUUGUCCUGACCAAUAAAUUUGGCAACGACCGCGAGGUAUCUUUCUUGGCGACAAGACCUUUUAUGUUUUUCAUUCAAGACGAGACAAGUGGAACAAUUCUAUUCAUAGGAGAAGUUUUGAAUCCAUUAGAAACUAGUAAUGAAUAAGAAUAAUCAGAAAUUGUUAUUAAUAAUAUAUCUGCAUUUUGUUUUCAUCUCAUUGUCUUACAAUAAGCAUUUUAAUAAUUAAAACAUUGAUAAAC